AUGGAUUUCAGACACUCGAGCGUCGUGGCUGCGGGUACCUACCGAGACGACGGUUUGGCGAACGCCAUCCCGCUGAGAAUACACAAAGACCCUUACAAAGAGAUCGCCGGUUCUCUCCGCGCACAGAAAGAUUGGGAUUCUACCGUGAGCACCGUGCAGAACUAUCAGGGCGGUUUGGGGCAUCCAUACAGUUUCAUCCGCGUCACCAUACCGGAAUGUAUUCCCGAACGCCUGGAGAUCAUCUCGUACGCCAACGAGUAUGCUUUCCUCUACGAUGACGAAAUGGAGAAUUUAGACCUGAAAAACUUCAAAGAAGGCCGCGAUGAUAUGCUUCACGUCUUUCGCGAUGAUGCACUCAACGAGAAGGUUUCAGACAAGGUUCGUCCGGAGAAAAAAUUGCAAGCGCAAAUACUAGCCGACAUGAUGGCCAUCGACCGACCCCGAGCGAUAACGACGAUGAAAGCAUGGGCAAAAUUCGUCGAACUUGCGUCGCGCACCCGCUCGGAGCCUUUCGAGACAUUAGACGAAUAUCUCCCGAGCCGAGCGAUUGAUGCCGGAGAAUUGUAA